AUGCCCUUGGAAGAUGCCUGGACUGUGGCCCUGCCAGGUACCUGUGUGAAGAACACAUACAGGUUGUUCAUGCAGGAGGUAAACAAACUCAAAGGAACAUCUGAAAGUUUGUCUGAUGAGCUUAGAGCCAAGUUGCGCUCAAAGAAGAACGGCAGGGUGCAAGUAAAAAUGCCAUGGAAAGAAUCUGGACCUCCAAAACAAAGCAACUAUGGCAUUGCUCUAAGGAGAAUGUAUUCUGCGGAGAAGUUGUUUAAGAAUAAAGACUGCUUUGAAAUUGUGGAUCAAGAGGUUCAGAAACUUGUGGAUCAAGGCUUUGUGAUCAAGGUAGCAAGUGACAACAUUGAUCACGAUCAGCCAGAGUGGUACCUUCGCCUCCAAGCAGUGUUCACUCCAGAAAAGAGCAGACAAGUCAGGCUCGUGUUUGAUUCGUCUUGCAAAGGAUACCAUGGUCUCUCCCUGAAUGAUCAUCUUGAGAAGGGGCUGAAUUAUAUCAACAGUCUACCCAAUGUUCUAAUAGCAUGGCGAUGGGAUGAAGUUGCAUAUGCUGGAGAUAUUCGAAGAUGUUCAACCAAGUAUUGGUACACCCGGAUGACCAGGUCUUCCAUAGGUUCCUGA